AGCAUAAGAAACCAAGAAAAAGGUGGCGAUAAACAGCCACCAAAUUCCAAUACAAUAUUUGAGGGUACCACUCCUAUAAAUUACAAGUGCCUUCGAAUAGCGAAUUUUACCCCUUCCCAAUCCCUGGCUGCAACCCUGACCUCCCCACUACAGUCUAUCAUGAACUAUAUCAAAAUGCUAUCACCAACGGUAGUCGAAGUCUCCGCCCAUCUAGGCAUAAUCUCUUUAGACUGCAUCACCUCCACUCCAAAGACCCAAGUAUCCUUCCUCUCAAACCCACACCCAGUCCCCCAAAAACCCGAAGUCACCACUGACACCCAUCCUGGCGCACCUGCAAUAUGUCCCACAUUAACCCGCCUAAAGGCAGAGGAAAUAAUGAACAUUGUGGAACGCUACGGCUCCCAUGAGCGCACAACCACAGCCGGUGAAUGGCUCGGUCGGUCAUCGUUCACCCCACGUGUGCAGACACAUAUCGUAGCCAACAGAGCGAUUCCUAUGGUUCUACCUGCUUUUCCAAUGAAGAGUAAUAACCGCAUGGAUAAGGUGCUAGGUGCGCUUCCGGACUUGGGGGACGAGCUUGGUUUGGCACGUUUGGUGAAUCUGUGUCGGGAUAUUAAGGCUGUUUACCCGCCUGGUGCGGUAGUCGUUAUUGUUACAGAUGGGAUCUGCUAUAAUGAUCUUACGGGGAUUUCUGAUGAGGAGGUAUGGGAGUAUGGGAAUCGACUGCGGAAGAUCGCUGUCGAGAAGGGAUAUGCUUGUAUUCAGUUCCAUCGUAUUAUGAAUAUGCUGGGUCUUCAUACUGGCGCGCACAUUUCCAAAUCAGAUUAUGUGAAGCUCUGUGGUUUAUCGAGGGCUGAACUCCAUCGACGGUGUGGACUGCCGGGAUUUGAUGUCGAUAAGUUUUUGAAAAGCGAUGAGGAUUAUCUGAGGACUUAUAACGGAUAUGACAAGUUCAUGAAAGUUGAUCUUAAAUUCAGCCCAGUGACGAAGGACUGCGCUGGCCCCAAACAAUAUAAGAAGAGGAUCAAGAUGAUUGCAAAGACAAUGAUUGUACGCGGGGUAGAGUACGCGGAGCUAGUACGCCAAAUUUAUCCCGACUCACUGCGUCUCUCCAUCCAUCCCUCAUCAGGGCAGACGAAGCUGUCCUUCCCCCUUAUUCCGCAAAAGAACUCGUUUUCUAUGAGUCCUUGGCACUGUAGUGUUGCAGUGACAGCUUCAGGUGAAUUCAUAACAGCUCACCAAUCCGCACAUCGGCAGAAGUUUGACCUCAUUACGAAGAACGGUCAACCAUAUUUCUUCCGUGAGAGCUCGCCACUCUUUAAUUGGGACACCAAAGUUAACUUCGAGCACCAUUAUGAGCAAAACCUGGUUAUUAGGGCACAGAAACAGAAUGAUCAAGAGCUCUCUGACUCAGAUUUGGACAAGUUGGCACUUUUGGCAAUUCAACAGAAGAGUGUGUCUUUUAUCUUUGUAUAA